CUUAUAAAGAUGGGACAAUCAGACACUUUAGCUUUCUGCCCUUUUGUGCUUAAGCUUGCUCUGUUCGUGAUUCUCUUCCAUGAUCUGCAACCUGUCACUGCAGGUGGCUCCAAGCCACAUGAUGGUUUGAUCUUUUCCAAUAAAACAGAAACAUGCUCUGGGAGUAAUGAAUGCAAGGAAGGCGUGAUUCUGCCAAUAUGGAAGCCAGAAAAUCCAUCAUUUGGAGACAAGUUGGCAAGAGCCACAAUCUAUUUUGUUGCAAUGGUGUAUAUGUUCCUAGGGGUCUCCAUCAUUGCAGAUCGUUUCAUGGCAUCUAUCGAAGUCAUCACCUCACAGGAGAGACAAAUCACUAUUAAAAAACCCAACGGGGAAACGACAACCACUACCGUACGCAUUUGGAACGAGACCGUGUCAAAUUUGACUCUUAUGGCAUUAGGUUCGUCUGCUCCAGAGAUCUUGUUAUCUGUUGUGGAGGUUUGCGGACACAACUUUGAUGCAGGCGAGCUUGGGCCGAACACCAUCGUGGGCAGCGCAGCCUUCAACAUGUUCGUAAUUAUUGGACUUUGUGUUUCCGUCAUUCCAGAUGGUGACCAUCGCAAGGUAAAGCAUCUUAGAGUGUUCUUCGUAACGGCAGCUUGGAGUAUAUUUGCUUACACUUGGCUAUACUUGAUCUUGGCUGUGAUUUCUCCAGGAAUUGUGGAGGUUUGGGAGGGUCUCCUUACUCUCUUUUUCUUUCCUAUAUGUGUUGUAUUUGCAUGGGUUGCUGACCGAAGGCUUCUGUUCUACAAGUACGUCCACAAAAGGUACAGAGUCGGAAAGCAGCGUGGAAUAAUCAUUGAAACCGAAGGAGAGCCAGAAAACCCGCCAAAAAAUGAUGUUGAGAUGGACGGACAGAUGCUAAACUUUCAGGGAGGGGAAUUUUUGGAUGGAUCAGUGGAUACAGCCUUUGAAAUGAGUGAAGAGGAGACCAGGAGAGAAAUGGCAAGGAUUUUAAAGGAACUGAAACAGAAACAUCCAGAAAAAGAGAUGGAACAGCUGAUUGAGAUUGCUAACUACCAACUUCUCAACCAGCAGCAGAAAAGUCGAGCAUUUUAUCGCUGCCAGGCUACUAGGAUAAUGACUGGCGCUGGAAACAUCUUGAAGAAACAUGCUGCAGAUCAAGCCAGGAAAGCUAUUGGAACAUAUGAACUUCGCUCUGAGGUUUCAGAUAAUGAUCUUUCCUCUAAGAUCUUCUUUGACCCUGGUACAUACCAGUGUUUGGAAAACUGUGGCUCAGUAGCUAUAAAUGUGGUUCGUCGUGGUGGAGAUUUGACAAACACGGUGUCUGUGAAUUACCGCACGGAGGAUGGUACCGCUAACGCAGGCUCUGAUUACCAGUUCUCAGAGGGCACUAUUGUCUUUAAACCAGGUGAAACUGAGAAAGAACUUAGAGUGAAGAUCAUUGAUGAUGACAUCUUUGAAGAGGACGAGCACUUUCUGGUCCAUCUCAGCAACGUCAGAGUUGUCUCUGAGGGACCAAACCAUGACAAUUCUGUGUCCAAUCAUGUAGACAGCCUGGCAGGACUGGGACUUCCAUCGACAGCCACUGUGACCAUUUUUGACGACGAUCACGCUGGGAUCUUUACAUUCGAGGAGCCAGUGGUCAAUGUUAGCGAAAGCAUCGGUGUGAUGGAAGUGAAAGUGGUGAGGAUGUCUGGGGCUCGAGGGGUUGUGCUGGUUCCCUACAAAACUAUUGAAGGAACAGCUAAAGGAGGAGGAGAAGACUUUGAGGAUACCUACGGAGUCCUGGAAUUCCAGAACGAUGAGAUCUCCAAAACUAUUCAGAUUAAUAUCAUUGAUGAUGAGGAGUAUGAAAAAAACAAGAACUUCUUCCUGGAGAUGGGAGAGCCGAAACUGAUCGAAAUGAGUGCGAGAAAAGCUGUGUUGCUCAACGAGUGUGGUAGCUUCUUGAAGACAGAUACGCAGCUCUUUGGGAGAGACAUGUACCGAAAAGUGCAGGGUAGAGACAACCUGACUUCUCCCAACAUCAUCACCAUCACAGCGAAGCGAACUCUUUCUCAAAAGGAGGAGGAUGUGAGGAGGAUUGCUGAGUUGGGACGGCCAUCACUUGGAGAACAUAUCAGAUUGGAAGUCAUUAUUGAGGAGUCGUACGAGUUCAAGAGCACAGUAGAUAAAUUAAUAAAGAAAACCAACCUGGCACUUCUGGUGGGGACCAACAGCUGGAGAGAACAGUUUGUGGAGGCCAUUACAGUUAAUUCAGGAGAUGACGAUGAAGAAUGCGGUGAAGAAAAGCUGCCGUCCUGUUUUGACUACGUCAUGCACUUUCUGACGGUGUUCUGGAAGGUCGCGUUCGCAUUUGUUCCUCCAACCGAUUACUGGAAUGGCUGGGCGUGUUUCAUCGUCUCCAUCUCCAUGAUCGGUCUUCUAACUGCUUUUAUUGGAGACCUGGCUUCUCACUUCGGCUGCACUAUAGGCUUGAAGGAUUCGGUGACGGCCGUUGUGUUUGUCGCUCUUGGCACUUCUGUCCCAGAUACCUUUGCCAGUAAGGUGGCAGCGAUACAGGAUCAGUAUGCCGACGCCUCCAUCGGGAAUGUGACGGGCAGUAAUGCUGUGAAUGUGUUUCUGGGCAUCGGCGUGGCCUGGUCCAUCGCUGCCAUGUUUCACCAGUGGCACGGCCAGUAUUUUCGUGUAGCCCCGGGCACGCUGGCCUUCUCCAUCACCCUCUUUACCAUCUUUGCUUUCGUCUGCAUCGCUGUGCUCAUGUAUCGUCGCCGGCCCGAGAUCGGAGGGGAGUUGGGUGGGCCGCGGAGGGCCAAACGCAUCACCAGCGGCCUGUUCUUCAGUUUAUGGCUCCUCUACAUCGUCCUGUCUUCGCUUGAAGCCUACUGCAUGAUCAAGGGUUUUUAAACGCACAUCGCUAAGAGGACAUUUUCCAAAUUAGGAUUUAAAACGUGAAUUAAGAAGGGACAUGAUAGCCUUGAUCUUGAUCAAAGUAUGCUGCAUCAUUAAGGCUUACAAAUCACACACACACACAGUUGUGUUAGCUUUAGAGAAGAGCAUGAUUAUCGCUUUGUCUACAAAAUGACAUCAUUAGUGAUGGUUAGUAAGUGUGCUACUGGCUGUCAGAGUAAACUGUAGAUUGUUUAAGUACACUACAGACAGUCAGUGUGCAUCAACAGUCAAUCAUUGUGUACUGCCGACAGUCUAAUUGCACUGCUAGCAGUGGUGUAGUUCCACCGGCGGUCUGGAUCCACUACCAACCAUAGUAAACUGCCGACCUACUGAAUGCCAACAAUAUUAGUGAAUUACAGACAGUUGCUGGUUCAGGUCCCACCACUGCCAAGUUGGCAGCAUAAUUCCCUGCACUUUGGUCAUAAUCGUAUAGAGUUGGGCCCCUAACUCCAAUGCAUCACCAGCGGUCUGACCGCACUAUCUACAGUUCAACAUUUAGAUAAGGAAACGUAUAGCCAGGUAGACAGGUUUAUAGCAAUGUUUGUAAAACAGAUACAUGUUUAAUAAUUACUAAAAAUGCUAAAUUUAUUUCCACGUUUUUACAGUUUCACCAUUAGUUAGUGAUUUACAGUAUAUAGUACCGGAUAAAAAUGUGUACAUUGUGCAUUUAAUUGUAAACACAGGGUUUUUAUGUUGUAUAAAGUGUAUAGCCGUUCUAAAAAAAACAGCUUAAUAUUUAUUAUGAAUUCAUUAGGUAGUACAUUUGUAAGUGCCCUACCAACAGUGUGUGUAAGUGUGUGCAUUUCUAUCGGUUCGGUUGUUUGAGUGCAGUAUUAACAGUCUGGAAGAACUACUAAUGGUUCAAGUGAGCUACCAUUAGUUUAACUGCAGGCAGUGCGAACAGUUUUAAUGUACUACCAUAACAGUUAGAAUCAACUACUAAUGGUUCAAGUGUGUUACCAUUAGUCUCAUUGCAGCAUUAAUAUUCCGUAUAACCAGAGUCACCACAAUGAUCAUAUUAUGUGCCGGUUGUGAUUAGCCAAAACAUUUAUUAUUUAGUGAUCAGAAUAGAUUUUAUACCUUUAUGUUUAGUUCUUAUAAAAUAUGAAUAUUAAAAGCCUGGUGCAGGUUUAACCCAGUCCUAAUUUGGUUGUUUUGGAUUUUGUUAAUGGCCAUGAUGUCACGUGUUGUUUUCAAAUGUACUGAUUGCUGUUAAAUGUGUUUAAAUGUCACCUGUAAGAGUGUAAGUAAUGACUGUGUUUAAUCUGAUCAUUUUCAUAAUAAAGUU